UCUGAAUUUGUCGGCUGCUGAUGCGUUUUUCCCAUUUCAGGGCCAUAAUCGUCAGAAAUGGAGAAAUCAUCCCCAUGUCUUCGGAAUUCACCCCCGAGACCGAGCGCCAGCGACUUCAGUACCUGGCGUUCAUGCAGCCUCACUUGCUGGGAAAUGAGUUCACACAUUUGGAGUUUCCAAGGAGAGUACAGAGGAAAGAACUGGGGAAGAAGAUGCUCUACAGAGACUUUAAUAUGACAGGCUGGGCAUACAAAACCAUUGAGGAUGAAGACUUGAAGUUUCCCCUUAUAUAUGGAGAAGGCAAGAAGGCCCGGGUAAUGGCGACUAUUGGAGUGACCAGGGGACUUGGGGACCAUGACCUGAAGGUUCAUGACUCCAACAUCUACAUAAAACCAUUCCUGUCUUCAGCUCCAGAGGUCAGAGUCUACGAUCUCUCCCAGUAUGAGCAUGGAGCAGAUGACGUGCUGAUCUUGGCUACUGAUGGACUCUGGGAUGUUUUAUCAAAUGAAGAAGUAGCGGAAGCAAUCACUCAGUUUCUUCCUAACUGUGAUCCAGAUGACCCUCACAGGUACACGCUGGCAGCUCAGGACUUGGUGAUGCGUGCCCGGGGCGUCCUGAAGGACCGAGGAUGGCGGAUAUCAGAUGACCGGCUGGGCUCAGGAGACGACAUUUCUGUCUACGUCAUUCCUUUAAUACAUGGGAACAAACUGUCGUGAGAGUGACCCAGGGGACUGGGAGGACAGAAAGAGAGGAAGAAAGCUGAGUUGCCUCUGAGCAGGGCGGAACUGGGGAGUGCCUGGGCUGGAUUCCAGGUGAUGCAAUUUCUUCCCAGCCCAGAUGGGGGAAUUUGCCGCCAAAAGGCCUCUCUGGCUUUGCUUCAAGAGGACUCUUGAGUUUCCAUUUCUUCUUUAGUACCAGGUCUGGACACUGAAUAAGAGCAAGACGCAGCCUGCCACUGGGUGUUACGUUUCUCUCGGUCUCUGUUGUAGGGCUCCUAGGUGGCUGUUUGCCUAUGUGGGGCACAGGCAUACACAUUUAUUUAUUUUAUCUAGAAUAGCAGGGACAGCCAUUUCAGGUGUAACCGGCCGAGGACUCCUCAGCCUGUCAAGCUGCCGGCUUCUCUCCAGGCCAAGAGCCACAUUGAAAAGUGAGGGACCGUGCCUCAGAAAGUGUGAGCACCCAUCUUGUCCAAAGCUCCGGCUGUUUCAGGGAUUCUGCCUUGCUCUGUCUCAUCCCUUCCCCCACUUCCUGUCUCCCUCUAGAUUCUUUUGUGGUAAUGGGGUGAGGCAGGGAUUUUUUUCCUUUUUGACAUUCUUUGAAUCUUUCUCAUUUCUCUUCACUGGGACUUUCCAAUUUGUUGCUGGACAGUUUCCAUAUCAGAGACCAGCCCGAUCUGGCUUGUCCCACGUUCUGUGUCACACACACACACACACACACACACACACACACACACACACACAUACACAUAUACGUGUAGUGGUCCGGAGCAAUGCCCCGUGUGGGAGUUUGUCUUUGUUAUAUGACAUUUUUACCCCUGAGUUCUGUUUUCCUCACCAAGUCAGAGUGUGCUUCAAAAUGUGGAUGUGUCCUCGGACCCACAGUCCCCCUGUCAUCUACCAGUCUCGAGAGAUUUUGCUGUGAGAGGUUGGUUUUUCAUUUCUGGCCUGGGGGGGUACUCUCCCACCUCUUGUGUCCUGGAGACGCAUAGGAGAAGCAGCAUCUAAUACAGUAGCUGAGGAAGUCCUUCUGUCCGUCAGUCAGCCAUACUUCGUUAGGGCAGAGUGUGGGAUUCAGGCUUCCUAGGUUGCUGACUCUUCUCCACUCCACGGGAAGUGUGAGUGUCACAGGUCUGCUAGGCUGUCGCUCCUCUCUUCCUGCCAUCUUCGUUCAAGGGUAGAUGGACUGACAGCUGAGUAUAAAAGUGAAUUUGAACUGGGGCUGGUCAUUCCCCUGCUGCCCACCCUCUUCCUCAAGGGAAUCACGAUGUAGAAUCCAAGAGCUGAGGUCCCGUUUCCCCACUGUGCAUCUGCCUCCCCUGCUGGACAUGCCUCACAGGCAUAGCAGAAGCACACAUGUGGAUGUCCUGUCUGCCUCCUGCCUCCUUGCUGGGAGGAACAGCAAAGUCCAGCUUAAGAAUCACCUGCCUCUUGAGCAGACCGCUGCUCUGCCCAGGGGCCCUCAGAUCAACAUCUGAUUGCUUAGUCCUGUUCCUCUAGUCUUCCAAGUAUCAUCAACUUGGCGUGAUUCAGACACUCUUCCAACCCAGCAAAGAAAAAGAGAAAAAAACAAACAAACAAAAAAAAACAAUGGUGUAAUUUCCCUGAAAUGCUCAAGAAGCGACUCCAGAUCUUGUGUUUAAGAGAAUUCUUUCUUCCCAGAGGAGAGCAGAGGAGCAUAUCCCCCAGGCUGAUAAGUUAUCCGCAUUCCUAGGAUUGUAGAUAAUUUCUUAGGAAAGGUCUGGUGCCUUCCUCCUCAGGAACAAAGUCACCCCACUGUGUAGAACCAGUACCCAGUCCGGCAGGGGACAUACUGUGUGUGUGUGUGUGUGUGUGUGUGUGUGUAUGUGCCAACUUGUUGCCUGAGAACCGGGUUGCUGCCAUGUCGGGAGCAUCUUCAUCUGACUGUGCGCCCUCCUCCUUCAGGAAGUCUUUACCACCCCAGACCUCGCCGUCGGGAGUGGUUUGUGGCAACCGUUUGCUUCUCGGGAAGAAGGUGAUGCUGUGGGAGACCGCUCAGGCAUGUCCCAGCAGCGUGGUCCUCUUCCCGCAUCUGCUCAGUUCUCGAAGUCAUGUGCAAACGGGGAGACGAGCAAGUCUCGAAGUCCGUGGAGGACCUGAGCCACUGUCCAUGGGAGCAUUGCCACGUUCUCAAUGCCUUUCAUAGUUUUGCUUCUCUGAAACUCCUCCCUGGGUCUCACCUUGACCUUCUCCAGUCAUAUUCAGGGCCACCAGAGUCAGAAUUGGAGUGUAAAUAUCUUAGAAGGUGUUGUGACAACAUUCUCCCAGUUCGUUUACUGCCAAGGCACAUCUCAGGACAACAGAGCAGAACAAAGCCUGGAAAACCCGAGUUCAAAUUAUCCUAAAACCCAGGGUCCUGCUGGUUUUAGUUGGAAACGUAUCCAGGAAUUCUCUUCAGGAGACCCUGUGGGUGGAAGGGUUUUAGUCACAGGUCAAAGCCCUGUUUGUGCUGUGGGAUUGUGAAGACGAAAAAUGAGGGGCAUAGAUCAAAAGUGAGCAGAGGGAUUUGUUCACGCCCAUGGCAGACCUCCCCAGCACUGAUAUUGCUCUGUGCAUUGGGCUUGCUCACUGUUCACCCAGGCUCCAAGUCACCCUGUCCCAGAACAGUAACGUCUGUGUCACAGGUUGGUCCUUGGAGCAUUUCUGGAAAGGUCAAAAGACAGCACACUCAGAAGUCUGCAAAAUGUCUUUCUGUGUGUUUAGGAACUAUGUCUGACUGACUUACAGCCGGACCUGCUCGCCUCCUAAGAGGAAGGCUUGUGUAAUGAAAAGCAUUUGAUUUCCCAGUCAAGGCUUUAUGGGUGUCUUGGGGGUUGUGUGGCUACUUCCUUUAAUGAAAGGCUCUUUCAACCCUAAAUCUCUUGGCCCAGCCCGGCCCCUGCUCUCUGGCCGGUGGUAUACCUCCCUAAAGAGUGUGAACUCGGAAGCCUUUUACUAGGCGGUAACUAAAGCUUUGUCUUUCUUAACACCAAAUGUCAGCAGCCAAAGACUCGGAAGGGGCCUGCUGGGGUUGUGUACUCAAGGAUUGUCCCUGUGGCAGAAAGAGAGCGGUGGCAAUUGAGCUGGGCCAAAUAAUGCAGCUGUCUAACCAGAACAAGCCCGAGGAGAAGCCGGUGUUGCAGUUAUUUCCACAGCAUUCAAUGUUGGAGGAUUUGGAGUGUCGGAUUUUCUAAAUUCCUAACGUCUUACCUCCAUGGGGCUACGUGGAGCCAGCUGCGUCUUCCCGCCAUGCUUCUCUGAAAGUCCCGUUCUUGAGGGGAAUGGUACCCAUAGAUGGAUAUGGAUGGGCAAGCGUGGGAGCCCCUGGAGCCAAGUGUCCUCCAGGCCUUAGCCGUUUGGAUGGGGAGUUCAGUAUCCCAAGGCCGCUAGUUUAGAAUCCCUUUGGGAAGGUGUCUUUUUAAAAUGCGGACCCUUCUUUCGCUUCCCCCCCCCCCCCCCCGCCUCCUUCCUCAUCAGCCACUCUGCUGUAUUUGCAAAGGAACAAGGGGGGUGGGUGUUGCUGUUGGAUGUACUAGUGUGAAGGUGUCACCCCCUUCCUUAGGUGAGCCAGGAUCUCUGACGUGUUCAGAGUGUCUACGUUGUACAGUGAUGAGAUUCUAAUUUCAGUGAGUUGUUACUCCUGGGCCAGCUGGAGAAAGCAAUGAAAUUGUCUAUGCAAAGGAACAAACUGCCUGACCCUCAGGCCUACCGGAUGGAAGGGAAGAGCAGAGCGGCCUUCGGCCCCAGGACAGAAUUUUGUGUUCGGAGCUCAGAAUUGUGAGGGCCUGUAGACCAUAGCCCACCUCGCUGAGCAAACUUUGGGUGCUGUGUGGCAAGGUGGCAUCUGUGUGUACACUGGAACUUUCAGGGGACACUGUGUGAGCAGCCCGGCUGGCUUGCCUCUUCUGUGAGCCCCCUGGCCCUUCUGUCAGAUGUGAACACCACUGGGGGAAUACUGCUCUUUCUAAUUCAUGACGUUAUCUGUGUAAAUAGCUUUAAUUUUUCCUUUCUGUGUCCUAGGUGAAGUUGUGUUCAUGUAGUUAACCAAGUAGGCCGUGACCAAAUAAGGCUGUAUCUGUACUGUUGUGUUUCAGCUGGGAUGUGAGGAAGAUGGAGAAGCCCAUGUCCUCCGCCCCUCCUCUCAUUCGAUGGGUAUUUCGUGUGUGUUUAGGGGGGUCCCACGGUUGCUCCUUCAUUCCUGUUUUGCCUCUAAUUUUCUUUGUCUCGUUGGAAACCCAGGGAGGCCCCUAGUACGGAUCGUUUGUAAGAAUAUGUAUGUCAUGGUCGUCUGGGUUUCCAAAACUAUUCCACAUACAGUGACUUGAGAGGAAUCUGCCUGGAAAUGGUCUCAGAAUCCUGUACCUUUCUGCUUUGUGAUUGUGAAACACUGACUUUUGUGAACCCCCAAACGAGAACUGUUUCAAGGGGAUCUAUUUUGUGUGUUGUGAACCUUAGGUGCCAUGUCCCCUGGAAAAAGCCCAAGAACUGUAUGUGCUCAAUGACAUUUUAAAUAAAAUGCUAUAUAUGUAUAUAUAAAUAUGUAUAUAGGACAUCUUUAGCAAAGUG